AUGGAAAUUUCUACCGAGGAAAGCUGCUCUUUUGACGAGAACCUUCUUGAUCAACAGACUUUUAAGAACUUUUUGAAGUUAAAGGGGAUUCUGAAGCAGUUCCCAAAAAAGAGCGGCAUUGAAUGUACACUCUGUGAAGAAAACAUAAGGAUUCGAAAUCUUCAUGACAUGUUCAAAGCAUAUGCAUGUGCAGUUUCUUGCCUUUCCUAUCAUGUUGAGUCUGCCGGUGUGGUCGACUUUUUAGUGUUUUUCGAAGUUGAGGACUUUGUGAUGAAAAGGAUAGAGAAUAGGGAAAUGAGUAGCGUAAAGGAAGUCCUAGUAUAUAAGAAAGAUACCAAGGAGAUGUACGAGGAGGCGUUGAGGGACCAGCUCAUUGCGGUAUUUAAGACACAUUUUGUGGAAAAGGCCAUCAAAAUAAACUGUGAGCAGGAUGUGGAGUCUAUAACAUACAAGUACUACAAGUUAGUGGACAGCAAUGCAAGAAAAGAAUUUACAACAAAAAGUCUGGAGCUUUUAAUGGUUCUGCUAUUCAGAAGAAAUGAACUGAUCAGGUUUUUCAAGGUUUUUUCGUGUAGCAAGAAGAGUUAUGCAGCUUUCAAGCUUUCUCUGUUGCUCAGCAUGAGACAGGAAUCCCAUGUUUCGGCCGAGGGAUUAUUAAAAGAGUUUGAAGACUUUCCAUUUGAAGAAGACAGCCUGUUUCCAUAUAAGGGAAGCAUUGAAAGUCUAUGCAAGGUUAAUGAGGUGUUAAGGAACCCGGGGAAAGAUACUGAAGAGUGGCUUAUAAUACAGCGGAAGAAUAUGGACUGGGCCGAAUGUGUUCAGAUGUGGGCUUUAAAUCGGGAGAACGAUCCAGAAGCCAUGGACAAUUCGAUGAUGGAGCUCUGCAUAAGAAACAAAUGCUAUGAAGAUGGGUGGUUGAUAUAUGAAAACAACACGGAGAGAACAAAUGUAAGUGUUAACAAGGCCUGUGCUCUUUGUUUCCGGGGGUUGAAGGACAACGAUGGGGUUCACAUCUGGAAGGUUAGAAUGGCAGAAGUCGUUGAGUAUUCCAUGUUCUCAGGAGAUCUUGAUUCGCUAUACGUCUUGAUAGAUGAUGUUAUGAUCAAACUUCACGAGAUCUCAGUAACACUUAGGAUCUUUAUUCUCAGAAAAUUCUCGAAAAUGAUUGGCUUUCUCCAUAAUAACGAAGACUUGAUUGGGAAUUUCUUGAGGGCACUUCAAGUACUGUGUAGCAAGUGCCAAGAUUCGGAGACACAUGCCCUAUGUGUAAGAUAUUCGGCACAAGCUUACGACGAAUGGAAAAAGAUCAAAAGUAAAAAGUUCCUGUUUUUCAAGAAACAGAGCCACAGGGACAUUCAGAUAUAUGCAAGUGUACUUGGAAUCUAUGGAACAGUAGGAGAUUGUGGAAGAUUCUACAAUGUAUACCAAGACCUUUUAAAGUCCGACAUUGAGCUAGGUAGGGAAUUAUGUGCAAGACUAGAAAGCCUGCAUAUCCAAGACUGCGAAGAAUGUAUCCUAAGAAGAAACAGAAUCGUUCUGAACAAGAGUGGAAAGGCACCGCCGGUCUUUAAUUUUUUGAAUAAACCUUGA